GGGAAAAAAAAACUACAACAAAACUACAAACUUCAGGAUUAAACGCGACUUUUGAGGAUAAAAGUGUAAAUAAAACAGAAAAGUCAAGUUUUUUUUACGCGCCCUGGUUUGUUUUUACUGCGGAAGUGCGCCCUGUCCACGUGCAAAGAUGCGUGUGUUGAGCUCGUCUCGGGGGGAGCUGCAGACCGUGUGGGUUCGUCGGAGCGAGUCGUCCGACGCUGAGAACAUAAACUCUCUGCUGCAGCAGAACCGAGCCUCAGUGUUUGGACGAGUCAACGUUCUCCACCUGCUGGAGAAGUCGAAUCUGGCCGUGUCUUUGCUCAGCGACAGAGACGAGCUGCUGGCCCACGCCUCCUUCUCUGACCAGCCCAUCGGAGGCUUGGUGGACCCGGCCGAGUGGGAGCCCUUCGUCCGGCGCAUCUCCGGCUCCGACAAGUACAAGCCGGAGAAUACUCUGUUCCUGCAUCUGUUUGUGUCUGAGCCCACGUUCGCCGCCGCCACUUCCCUGGAGAUUAUGAGGGCUGUGUUCAGUGCUGUUCCAGAGCUGCAGUUUGUUCUCCUGCUCAGCCCUCACGUCCAGGACCUGGACCCGGUUCUGGUGGAUCUGUUUGAGCCUCUGGAGUCACAAACUCAACUCACCUGUGUGGCUCAGGUUUGUGUCAGAGACCAACACUGCCCCAAACUCAACGUCCGCCAGGCCAGGGUGGAGGACCAUGACGACGUGAUGAAGAUCUUCGCUGAAGAGACGAAGCUCCAAACGUUCAUGGACAAACCGUUUUUUAUGGCGAACGUGAUUGAGAUGCAGAGUGAGCUGCGGCACUCCGCCGUCUGCGAGGGUAACGGGGAGGUCGUGGGUUUCAUCAGCGUCACCGCCGACGCCAGAGUGAAGUCUCUGCUGGAGCUGUACGACCUGAGCGAGUUUGAGGGCGUGUUCCCCGACGAGCGCAGCCAAUCAGAGGACAGGGAGGCAGGAGGAGGCCAAUCAGAGGAAACAGAGAGUGAAACCGGCCAAUCAGAGAACAGGGAGGAAGAAAAGGACCAAUCCAGAGAGACCGACGGGAAGACUGGCCAAUCAGAGGAGAGAGAGACUCAAACUGGCCAAUCAGAGAACAGGGAGAAAGAAAAGGACCAAUCAGAGACAAGAGAAGCAGAAAAGGGCCAAUCAAACACUCCGAAAACCCAAGAACCAGCACAGACUGAGGAGAAAACGGACCAAUCAGGACCAGCUCUGAGGAGGAGGAGUGAAGCUCAGCCUGACCAAUCAGAAGACAGAAAGGAGACAGGACCCGCCUCCUCUGAACAGAAGGAGGAGAAAAAGGAGAAAGAGAGAAAAGAGGAGGAGGAAGAGGAAGAGGAGGAGAGGAGGGAGGAAGAGGAGGCGUUUAACUCUCACAGAGCCUUCCUCAUCCAGCUCUUCGCCAUCGACAAGAAUCAUGAGCCCAGGUCUGUGGACUUCCUGCCGUACCUCUUCGCGCUCUUCCCCGAGCGAGACCUGUGCGUCGUCACCGUGGCGACGCUCCAAACCGAGACGCCCCUGAUCCACAACUUCACCAGGAUCAGCCCCCGGAACACGACGCCGCCGCCGCACGCUCCCGAGAUGUACGCCCUCCACCGCAGCGCGCUCAGGUCGGUGCAGGUCAGACGCUCGGUUCCCUCAGACAGAAAACUGAUCCUGGAUCUGGUCCGAGGUCUGGACCACGGGGACGUCCUGCUCCAGGAUCUGGACCAGUUCUACCAGACCGAGACGGACCAGGUCGGAGUUCCUGUGCAGUGCUUCGUGGCUCAGGUCGGGACUCAGCUGGUCGGGGUUGUGCUCGUCCGAGAUGAACAGGAGGUGGAGUUCCUCAGGGCUCACUACAACAUCGAGAACUUCAUCUACUUCAGUCACCACUCGUACGAGGAGCACGCCGCCCUCCGACACUUUGUCCUGCGGCCGACCGCGCGCCACUGCUGCCACCUGCUGUUCAGAGAGGUACUGCGCCUGAGCCACAAGUCCUGCCUGUACCACCGGGACUACCCCCCCCACAGCCCCCACAGACAGACUUCCUGUAUAAACCCUCUGGACUUCCUCCUGGACUGUGCUGUUCCCGUCAGACCUCGACCUCAGAUGGACUUCAACCUGGAAGAUCUGGGCGUCAACGCGCCGUCCAGUCAGAUCACAGACCCGCAGGCUCCGUUCGCGCUGCUCCUCAUCAGCAGGAAGCUCACUCUGGAGCAGAAGGUGGUGGUGAACGCUCGGAUCACCGUCUGUGGAGCCUCAGACACUGGACUGAGUCUGCUCGAGACCCUCUGCUGCUGUCCUCACCUUCGCUUCAAUCGUCUGACCCUGGUGUCCACACACGGUCUCCAUGGAGACGCAGAGGACGACACACAAUUCCUCUCAACCAGUCAUGUGUUCAGCCGCAGAGACGUGGAGCUCGUUCCUCUGUCGUCCGUCAAGACGCUCCGAGGGAAAGUCGUGUCCAUCGACAGGAAGUCCAAACACGUCCAGGUGUCCUCCCACAGGAAGUCCUCACCUGUCCCUGGGUCCCCUGCGCCCCCUGCUGUCUGGCUCCCGUACGACAUCCUGAUCCUCUGCACCGGUCUGCAGUAUCAGGCUCCGUCUCUGAUUGGCUCUGGGCCGGUGCCUCUGAACCUGUGGACUCUGGAGGAGCCUGAGGACCGAGCGAAGGCCCGACUCUGGGUCCAGGAGCAGCUCGGACACGGACACGGAACACGGACACGGACACGAAGCUCAGUGGGUCUGAGGUCUGAUGAAGGCCGUGUCUCCUCAGAGAACAUCGUGGUGUACGGACACGACAUCGACGCCUUCACCUCCGUGCAGACGUUCCUCUCUCUGGGACUCCCCGGGCCUCAGAUCCACCUGGUCCUGGCCCCGUCCGAGUCCGGGUCCUGGCUCCCGGACCCGGACGUGGAACGGGCCGUGGAUCUGAACCUGGAGAAGGUCCAAGUCCAGGUCUACAAGAACUGUGUCCUCCAGAACAUCAGCACCGAGGAGAACAGGGUCACAUCUGUCACCUUCAACUACAACGGAGAGAACGUCCAGAUCUGCUGCGGGGCCCUGGUGAGUGUGUCGUGUCGUGGUCUUGAUCCCGGGAUGCGUCGUUCCCUCCUCGACUCGUUCCUGGUUCUGGACGAGCGUCUGGUGAUCGAUCGCUGCUUCCAAACCAACGACCCCUGGAUCCUCAGCGCCGGAACCACGACCAAGUUCUCCAGGACGUACCACAGCGACGAGUGGAACCACCAACGCUUCUGCUCACGAGAGGUGGGGCAGGAUUUGGCUCGUCAGAUUCUUCUUCUGUUUGACGUGACGGCAGAACCACGAGAAGAGAGCGAACUCCUGCCCAUCUACAAGAGACCGAAAGUCACAGGAGGAAUUCUGCCUGGAGAACUUCACUUCCUCCACGUGACCAAACCCACCCCCACCACCAGGAGCAAAGUGCCAUAUUUGAAGGAGUCGUCUCUGGUGACGGGUCGCGCAGACGUUGGUUCUUUCUUCCGUCUGCAGCUCGGGGACGAGGAGCAGGUGGAGACAUUCACCUGCGCGUCCUCCAAGCCCCUCCCCCUCCACAACCUGCUCUGUCUCUACGGGCAACAGCAAAGCCUCCUGGGAAACCUGAGCACGCGCUUCCGCCUCGGACAGGUGCCCGACCUGUACAGGUUUUUCAGGCAGAGUUGGUGUUGGGCCGUUUUCCACGAUCGUUUCAGAGAUUUCCAGCUGGAGCUCCGGGCCAUGGCAAACCACUCUGCCACUGACGCCGAGGUCCGAGCGCCGGAGAAGAAGGGAGAGGACCAGACUUCCACCGGAGGAGAAGAAAAAAAGGAGGAGAGAAAGGAGAGACCGGGGCCAGAGUCCACAGAACUUUUGGACCCAGAGACCAGAGCUGCGGUCAGGAGCGCCGUGGUCAAGUAUCUGAGCUACAACAGGAACCUGCUGCCCAUGUACGCCCAGCCCGGAGAACUCUGACCACCAAACUCUGACCACCAAACUCUGACC